CCUAGAUGGGUGUCUCAGUUUCUUGAGGACUUCUGGGGUCUCAUAAGGCAAAAACACCAACUUGAAAUGGACCACAAUUUACGUCUCGCUGUUUCUGAAAGUCCAAUUCUUUAUGUCUUGAAAAGCCAGUAGGAAGUAUGUAAAAGGAGGAUGCUAAAUGAGGAUUACAUACAAGUGAACGAAACAUCACAAGACUCCAGAGGGCGGGCAGUGGAAGGGUCCAUGCAGGUCAAAGAAGCACCAUGUGGAAGGACAGUGAUGGCAGGUUCCAUGCAGGCCAAAGGAACAUCCAGCAACUGUGCAGGGAAUAUAGUGAAAGGUUUUAUGCAGCUCAAAGGAGUAGGGAAUACAGUGUCGGGUUCCAUGCAGCUUGAAGGGACUUCGAGUGAUUGUGGAGGGCCGACACUGAUGGGUUCCAUGGAGGUCAAAGGGGCAUCAUGUCACCAUCAAGGGCCAAGUGUGACAGGUUCGAUGGAGAUCAAAGAAACACCGGGUGACCGUGCAAGGAAGCUACUGAUGCUUCCUAUACAGAACAAAGAAGCACCAAGUGACCACACAGUGAAGACAGUGGUGGGUCCAGGGCAGGACAAAGGAGUGUCGAUUGACCAUGGGAGGAGGUCAGAGUUGCUCUCUCUGAAGUUAAAAGAAGCACCAAGUGACCGGGUAAAGAAGAUACUGGUUUUUCCUGCGCAGGACAAAGGGCCAUCAAGUGAUCGCAGAAGGAGGACAUCAAUGGUUAAGAUCAAAGAAGAAGCAGGGAAGGCAUAUGGCAUUCCAACACAGGACAAAGGCACAUCAACUGACCCCUUGAGGGAGGGAGACAUAGUCUUGAUGCAAGACAAAGGGACAUUAACUGAGCCGUUAGGGAAGUCAGAGGCGGCUGCUAUAAUGGCCGCAAGAGAAACAAGGGCUUCUCCAGGGAAGGUAGUAGUCGUUCUGGCACAGGACAAAGCAAUAUCAGCAGACCUUGCAGGGAAGCUAGAGAUAGUUCUGUUGCAGGACAAAGGACCAUCAAGUGGUACUGCAGAGAAGACAGAGAUGCUUCCAAUUCAAGACAAAGGAACACCAAGUCCGGCUCUGGGGAAGAUAGAGGUGGUUCCGAUGCAGGACAAAGGAACACCAGGUCCGGCUCCGGGGAAGAUAGAGGUGGUUCCGAUGCAGGACAAAGGAACACCAGGUCCGGCUCCGGGGAAGAUAGAGGUGGUUCCGAUGCAGGACAAAGGAACACCAGGUCCGGCUCCGGGGAAGAUAGAGGUGGUUCCGAUGCAGGACAAAGGAACACCAGGUCCGGCUCCGGGGAAGAUAGAGGUGGUUCCGAUGCAGGACAAAGGAACACCAGGUCCGGCUCCGGGGAAGAUAGAGGUGGUUCCGAUGCAGGACAAAGGAACACCAGGUCCGGCUCCGGGGAAGAUAGAGGUGGUUCCGACGCAGGUCAAAGGAACACCAGGUCCGGCUCCGGGGGAGAUAGAGGUGAUUCGGAUGCAGGACAAAGGAGCACCAGGUCCUGUUCCAGGGAAGAUAGAGGUGAUUCCGACGCAGGUCAAAGGAACACCAGGUCCGGCUCCGGGGGAGAUAGAGGUGAUUCCGAUGCAGGACAAAGGAGCACCAGGUCCUGCUCCAGGGAAGAUAGAGGUGAUUCCAGUGCAGGACAAAGAAACACCAGGUCCAGCUCCGGGGAAGACAGAGGAGGUUCCGACACAGGACAAAGGAAUACCAAGUCCUAUUCUGGGGAAGACAGAAGGGAUUCCGAUGCAGGACAAAGGAACACCAUGUCCCGCUCCGGGGAAGACAGAGGGGGUUCCAGAGAUGCAAGUCAAGAGAUCACUAAGUGACCGUAUAAAGAAAAUACUGAUGUUUCCAGUGCAAAGGAAAAAGCCAACAAAGGCUCAUGCAGGGAAGCCAGCACUUUCUCCUAAGCAGGUCAAAGCAACAUCAAGUGACCCUGCAAGGAUAUCGGAAGCGGUUCCCAUGCAGGACAAAGGAGCGUCAAAGGAUCCUACUGGGAAGAAAGUGCUCUUCCCGGAACAUUAAAAAAAAAUCCAUAUGCAUACUCUGAAUCUAGCAUUCAUGUGGAGAAGCUUCUUAGAUGAUGACAGGGAAGGUCGACAGAUGUAACAAUGAAGAAGGAAGUUUUUGUUUUCUUCGGACUUUACAACCACGGAAAGAAACAAGUUGUGUGGAUCAGUCAGAAAUCACGCUCUUGCUUUGUAGUAUCAAAUAAAACAGCAACCAUGGAAAUAG